CAGGAGCAGCAUCCGCAGCAUCCACUGCUGAUGCAGAGCCCGCAGCAGCAGGAGCCGCAGGAGCAGCCAGACCCGCAGAACCCUUGGCAGCGGCGACAGCAGGGCCUUCAGCAGCAGCAGCAGCAGCCGCAGGAGCAGCCGCAGCAGCAGGAUCCGCAGGCGCAGCCAGAGCAGCAGAGUCGGAAGCUGCUGCCCCCGCAGACAUGGCGGCAACAGCACAUGCAAGCUCAGCAGCAGCAGCAGAUGCAGCAGGCCCAGCAGCAGCAACAGCGGCAGCACCUGCUGUUGAUGCAGAGUUCGCAGCAGCAGCAGCAGCAGCAGCACCAGCAGCAGACGGAUACGCAACUGCAGCCUCCGCCAGCAUCGACGCUCUCACCUCUUGAGGUGCAGGGAGGUGCAGCAGGCUCGGCCACUGUCCAGUCGGCGAACUCGCAGUUGACGCAGGCCGCCUCGCGCAUCUUCGGCCAGCUGGCGGCGCACGGGCAGGGCGAGCAGAGCGAGGAGCAGCGCGAGCAGGCGCAGAGGGAGCAGGAGGCGGCGGUGCAGCGCCAGGUGCUCCGAAAGCAGCUGGAGAUGCAGAAGCAACAGCUGCAGCAGCAGCUGGCCGUGCACCAGCAACAGGUGCUCGCGGAGCAAGUCAUCAUGAGGCAGCAGAUGCCCCUGCUGGGGCCGGCGCAAGUGAUGCAGCUGAUGCAACGGCAGCAGUUGCAGGCAGAGCAGGAGCGGCAGGCGAAGGAGAUGAUUCAGAUGAUCGACCUCCAGCUGGCCCAGAUGCAGCAGCUCGACGCGCAGGCGGCCGGGGCGCUGGUCGGCGCCGGCGGGGGCGGGGCGCAGGAGCCACAGCAGUGGCAGCAGCAGCAGCAGCAGCAGCAGCAGCAACAGCAGCAGCAGCAGCAGCAACAGGAACAGCAGCAGCAGCAGCAGCAGUCGCAGCAGCAGCAGCAGCAGCAGUGGCAGUCGCAGCAGUCGCAGCCGCAGCACCAGCCGCAGCAACAGCAGCAGCCGCAGCACCUGCCGCAGCAGCUGCAGCAGCAGCAGCAGCAGUUGCAGCAGCAGCAGCAGCAGCAGCAAAUGUUGCACCAGCAGCAGCAGGCCCAGGUCCAGGCCCAGGCCCAACAGCCUGCCGCUGGGCCGACGCAGCCAGCGGCGGCGGCGGAGCAGGCCUCGGCGGCGGCGGCGGAGCAGCCCGGCGGCGGCCCCCAGCAGGACGGCCUGGAGCAGGACAUCCUGAACCUGCUCAGCCUGCAGCUGUCCGCCGGGGCCUCCGCCGCGCCGGCGGAGGCGGGCACCUCGGCGCCCCCUGUCGCGGCGGCGGGCGGCGUGCGGCCGCUGCGGGAGCUGCUGUGA